AUGAUAGAAGAGAUAGAUAGAAAAGCUAGAUUAGCAGCACUACGCAAGAGUCGAUCUGGUAGAAAAAGUUCAAGUGUUGAAAAAACACAAGCUUCUGUGGCAAAGCCUCUUGCUGGCGAGAGUAGUAGUAAUGUUAGAGAUGGUAAUAGUAGUUUUCAGUCGAGUGAAACAACUCAUGCAAACACUAUUGUCAAUGAAACGAAGAAUACAGGCUCAAGCUUAGAUACAGAAUAUUUAAAGAAUAAUUCUUUGCAACAAGAGGAUGCAGAAUUGGAAACUAAAGACUCCACCUUGAUGGCUAAUAUUGAAACAGCCCCAAAAGAACUGGGAAAUUCAACUCCUACACCUUCAUCAGAGCAGCAUAUGAUAAACAGCACACAAUCUUGCACAGCUGAAAUGAAAAAUGAUUUAAAAAGCUAUUUACAUAAAGCAGAGAUACGCACAAAUCGGGCACUAAAUAGAAUAAUUCAAGAAAGCAUCUUGUGA